CGCUUCGCUUUCGCUGCGGGCGGACUCGGAGCUCCGCGCUCAGCCGCUGCCGCGAUGCUGUGUGGCGGGUUGGCGGGAGCCCAGCCGGCUACCGCGGAGACGCAGCAGAUGGUCGAUGAGAGACUCUCAGCUGGUCUACCUCCUCCCUCCUUCUGGACCACAGAACCACUUCUCCCUGUGAGCUCCCCUCCCUCCUGGGACUGGUGAUGCCAGUCAGUCACAUGCUCUUGGUACAGGAAUUUCCUUUUCUGAGCUGGAUUGUGUAUAUGCUCCUUGCUUGUGUUCCUGCACAGCAGAGAGGUGGAGAGAUGCAUAGCCAUGCACCCAAAAGAGGUGAGACCAGCUAUACUGAGCUGGAGUUGAGGCAUGACUACAAGGCUGCAUUACUGGUGAAGCUUCAGGUGGAAGAAAAAGAAGGGAAGAAAUUUGAGGUCUUCACUGCUGUGGAGUUUAAAACUCAGCUGGUUGCUGGAAUAAACUAUUUCAUCAAGGUCCAUGUUGGCAAUGAGGAGUUCUUGCACUUGAGAGUGUUCAAAAGCCUUCCUCAUGAGAACAAAUCUCUGAGCCUCUGCAGUUAUCAGAGCAGCAAGACUAAGCAUGAUGAGCUGACUCAUUUUUAGAGGCUCUUCCAAAGAGCCCCUCAAAUUUUUUUUUAUAGGCUACAAAGUGAUGUUUCCUAUACCAAUGAAUAGAAUGAAAGUGCAUUUAAAAAAUCUUAUCUGAAAAAUCAAUUCCUUUUCUAGAGUUCCCUCCCUCCUCAGUAUCCCAAAGAAGGGACCUGAUUCUCCUCUCACUUACACUAGUGUAAAACAGGCAUAGUUCCAUUGAAAUCAAUGGAUUUACACCAGCAUAAAUUCCAUGUAAGUGACUAGAGAAUCAUGCCCAUAGAAUCUGUUGUGAGCUAAAGAGAAAAGGGAGUGUAACCAGUACAACUGUGACAUAGAGCAGUAUAAGAAUUAGAAUUUUUUCUAGCCCUGUUACAGAAUGUCAGUGUUACUCAAUAAAUUGUAAAGAACAAACCCAUGUUAUUGUUAGGGAACUAAAAAUGGAGGUUUAUGACACUGGAGCAAAUUUGAAAAAGUGAAAAGAAAUAGGAUCAUACUCAUUUGAAAUAGAAGCACUUCCUAGGCGAUCAAAUCCAUCCCCCUGCAAGGAUAUGAUAUAGUUCCCAAUAGAGGACACGACAGAUAUGACAGUGCUUCUUCACCAGAUCUUCACCAAAAGACCUUGUAAGGCAUUAAACCCCCAUAAGCACCUCUAAGCAGAUAUUUCUAUAGAAGGUACAGGGGUGUAUUUAGCAGGAGUUUCGCUCUGUUCUCUUAGCUGUUGUUGAAGAUGUAUGUGUUGAUUUGGAUUGCUCUUUCUUGGGGUUGAGAGGAAGAUGGCCCUUACAAAUAAAACAAUCUCCCUGACAGUCCAGCUGCCAUUAAAGUGCAGAUUAAAAGUGCUAUAUAAGA